GCAAACGUCACACACCAGUGACAGGCAGCGAUUGAAUGAAAACAAAUUCGUUCGCAUAACUCUCCGACUGGGAGCAAACAGUUUCGGCAGUGCAAGCUCUCGCGCAAAAUUAGACCGUCGCAGAAAAUCUACAGAGCUGAGGCAGCAACUUACUGUUGGCUAGUGCGUGUGUUUGUCUCUGUGUUGUUUUGGUGUGAUUAAUUAAAGCGAAAAAAUGUCCUCAUUUGCUGCACUCCGAUUCGCUCCCCGGUUGCUCACCGGCAAUGCCUCCCAUCGGUUGGUGGCGGCGGCCACGCAGCGGAAUUCCUACUUUACCUACUCGAACCAAAUUUCGCAGCCGCUCGAGCGUGAGCCCAAGUACACCACGGCGGAGGAAGCCGUCAAAGUUAUCAAAUCAGGGGACAUUGUGUUCGCGCAGGGUGCAGCGGCCACCCCGGUCCAUCUGCUCGAUGCGAUGACCAAGCACGGCAUGGAGAACAAUCUGCGCGACAUCACCGUGACGCACAUGCACACCGAAGGGCCGGCUUCGUACUGCAAACCCGAGUGCAAGGACGUGUUCCGCUCGAAGUCACUGUUCAUGGGCGGCAACGUGCGGGCAGCCGUGGCCGAUGGUCGCGGUGAUGCGGUCCCGAUCUUCCUGCACGAAAUUCCGCUGCUGUUCCGGCGCAAGCUCAUCCAGCCGGAUGUGGCAAUCGUGUCGGUGUCGCCCCCGGACAACCACGGCUACUGCACGCUCGGCACCAGCGUGGACUGUGUGCGUGCGGCGCUGGAAAACUCGAAAGUCAUCAUCGCCCAGGUGAACAAGCAGAUGCCGCGCACGUUCGGUGACGGUAUCAUUCACCAGUCGCAUUUCGAUUACGCAGUCAAUGUGGAUAUCCCGCUUCCCGAGCACGGUGGGCACGCAAUGUCGGAUGUCGAGACCAAAAUCGGCCAACUGAUCGCGGAGAAUCUGGUCGAGGAUGGUGCCACGCUGCAGAUGGGCAUCGGCAACAUUCCGGACGCAGUACUGAACGCACUGCACAACCACAAGGAUCUGGGUAUCCAUUCAGAGAUGUUUGCCGGCGGUGUGGUCGACCUGGUGCGCAAAGGUUGCGUCACCAACGACAAGAAAACGUUCCAUCGGGGUCGUAUCGUCGGUUCGUUCCUGAUCGGCACCAAGAAGCUGUACGACUUCGUGGACAAUAAUCCGUUCAUUGAAAUGUUGGAGAUCAACUACGUCAACAAUGUUGGCAUUAUCUCGCGCAACCCCAAGAUGACGGCCAUCAACUCGGCCAUCGAGGUCGAUCUCACCGGGCAGGUGUGUGCGGAUUCGAUCGGCACGCGCAUGUACUCCGGCUUCGGCGGACAGGUAGACUUUAUCCGCGGUGCGGCCGAAGGAUUCGAUGGCAAGGGCAAACCAAUCAUUGCGCUACCGUCCGUCACGAACAAGGGCCAGAGUAAAAUUUCGCCCAUUCUCAAACCUGGUGCCGGUGUGGUAACCUCCCGAGCUCAUGUCCAUUACGUCGUCACUGAGUACGGCAUUGCUAACCUGUUCGGGCGCAGCUUGCGCCAACGUGCUUACGCAUUGAUUCAGAUUGCGCAUCCCGACCAUCGCGAGGCGCUCGAGAAGGCUGCCUUCGAGCGUCUGAAAACGAUGCCAACGCCGAAUUAAGAACGUCGUUGUCGUAUCACAAACGCCCAAAUACACAGCGACUACAAAAACGCGCAGGCCUUCCGAACGCAAGCAACAACAACAGCAACAACAAGAGAACAAAACAAGACGAACAAAUUCAAAGCACAUGCCAUUUCGUCGCCAUGGGAACACGUAACAUGAUCGGUCGUUCAAAAGCAAUGGAUUCGUUGAAUUCAAACAAACACAAAUCGACUCAAGCCCGUGGUUUCGUGCGAGAUUAAUGUCGUGUUCGACACGUUUACAAAGCAAGAUAUAAAAAAAAAAAACAAACAACGAUCCUUUAUUCGGGGUUUGGAUCUAGAAUUCACCCGAUUGAUAAUUCCUGCUGGAUAUGAAUUGUGUUUUAACGUGUUUUUGUUGUUUUUUUUUGUAAUAAUAUGUUUAAUCAUUCGUGCGUAACGCUCCGUGAUGUUUUUUCGGCAUUCUAGCAUUUUGGAGCCAAUGAGGUUGUAAAUUUCGUUGGACAAACCAAAACUCCAGAGAUAGAAGAAAAACAAAAUAACUCCUUUUCGCAACGCUAAGCAAAAUCACCAAAUAAAAGCAAUUUAAUUUAAAAACAUUACUGUAAAACGAAACCUAAUUGGCGAUAAACGGGAAUGGUGGGGGACGAUCGUGCAGCCAAAUGCUUCAGUUGUAUUACAAAUUGUUUACACACCGCAAUGCCUGGGAUAAAACAUAGAAAGCAAAACUGCCAACAGCAAAACUUUACAGACCACACAUGUCACACAUGAUCUUUCAUAGACUAAAUAGAUGAAAUGGUAAUAGAAGUUAUAAAACUCACUUUCACUUAUUGCUUUUUUAUCAAAUUGGUCUGCGCAGUGAGUUUGCGCGCAGCGUGUAGCAUUAGCGUUCUAGAAAGCAAUUCACUAUUGUUCUAGUAGGCUCUGGAGAAUCCGACAAUUCGAAGUUCAAUGCAAACAAGUGUGUGUUUGCUUAGUAGAGAGCAAGGGUAGAUUGUUAGAAACAGCAACAAACUAAUAUUAGCAUCAAACGAACUAUCUCACACCAUGGCACCUCCAGUGCUUUAUAGCCUACAAAACCGAAGCGAGAAGGGGCAGGACGAAAGACGAAUGGCAUUUUUUACAAAACCACGCAAGCGGGAAUCACAAUCACGCAUUGAAGUUAAUCAUCUUUAGAUCAACAAAAGAGCGUUACUCUUAAAUGUAAACAAAUCACAAAAAACGAGUUACUCGAAACCUCAAAAUCAGCUUUGAAAAUAAAAAGUUAUCCUAGUAAUACGAAA